AAUCCAUCAAAUUAAUUCCUGUUAGAAUAUUUUUUUUCGGGAAAACGCAGAGGACUUGCGUUUCAUUGCAUUGGUAAGAUAGAGAGUUAUUUACAAUCCUCCUAAGAGGCAAAGUUCAUGCCGGAGCAGAAGAAACUAGUGUACAUCCCAGGUGGUGGGUAAGAUGACCCGUAAGCCACGAGCACCAGCUCGUGCCCAUUGCUCGGCCUCGUCCUUGAUCCUAGAGACCAGGACUGGGACAAGAGGUUGGGCAUUGUUGAAGAUGCAUUCGUUGCGCUGCUUCCAAAUCAUCCACGGCGUCAGGAGGGCAAUGGAGGCGAGACCCUUGCGCAUCGGUGUAGGCGUGUUUUGCUUGGCGUGGAGCCACCAGUCCAUGAGAGUCUCCUCCUGAUUUGGCCCUGCGAUUGUCAUCCUUAGCCAAGCUAGGAUCUCAUGCCAGGUUUGCUUGGCGAAAGCGCACUCCAGGAGCAGGUGUCGCAUCGUCUCUGGCGCCUGGUCGCAAAGCGGGCACCGGGGCUGGUGCUGGAGGCCACGACGGGCGAGGCGGUCCGCAGUCCAGCACCUAUCAAGGUUGGCUAGCCAGUGGAAAAUUUUGACACGUGGGGGCGCCCAGCUUUUCCAGAUGAGCUUCCAGGAGAAGCAAGUUGUGGAUCCUUGGAAAGUGGCAAGGUAGCAGGAGCGUGCUGUAUAGGUGCCAGAGGUAGUCCACUUCCAGACAAACUGGUCGGGGGCAUCCGAGAGUAAGAAGUGCUCAAUCGCCUGCCAGACUUGCACAUAUUGGCCAAUCUCGUUGAUCCCUAUAGUCCCCUGUAUGUCGCUCGCCCAGCUGUUGCCCUGUAUACCUUGAGCGACGGUUCGAGUCUUGCGGCGGCGCUUGGGGACGCAGUUGUACAGGGCUGGGGCCAUUUGAUUGAUGGACUGCCCAUUUAUCCAGCGGUCCUCCCAGAAAAGAGCAGUCUGGCCAUUUCCAAUGGUCAUCGUGGUGGAGGCAAAGAAGAGUGCUCUCUCCUCGGCAGAGAACUGCAGGUCCAGGCCAUGCCACGCGCGCUCAUGAUUAGUGCGGGAGUACCAGAGCCAUCGUAGUCUCAGGGCGAGGCCAGCGCGCUCGAGGUCCUGGACUCCGAGUCCACCAAGCGAGGUGGGCCGGCAGAUGCGUCGCCAGUUGACAUGACAGUGACCCCCGUUAGCUGCAGCGCGACCGGGCCCAAAGAAAGCCACGCUGGAUCUUCUCAAUUUGGCGCAGAGUCUUUUUUGGUGGUGCAAAGGCGAGGAGCUGGUGUACUGGAAUGGCACCCAGAACAGAUUUGACAAGUGCGAGGCGCCCAGGCUUGGUCAUCAGAUCAGCCUUCCAGGUAGGGAGCCUUCCAGCGAUCCCAUCAACUAGCGGCUGUAGCUGGGCAGCAGUGGGCCGCCGUAUCGUGAGGGGGAUCCCGAGGUAGGUGAUCGGUAGCUCAGCAAUGGGGCAGCCGAGGUGUACAAGCACACCUGUGGCCUCAUCCAUGUCACAGUGCAGCAGCGAGGCGGAGCUCUUAGUGUAGUUCACACGCAGGCCAGAGGCGUGGCCAAAGAGCUCCAAAAUCUCCCGCAUAGCCAUGAUGUCGCUCGACGUACAGUGGCAAAAGAGCACCACGUCGUCCGCGUAUAGGGAUACUGCUGGGAUCGAGCGCCUAGGGUGCAGCUGGGCCAUAAUGCCGAGGUCGAUCGCGCGCUUGAUGAGCCUUCCCAAGGUGUCGACGGCGAGGACGAACAGUUGUGGGGACAUUGGGUCCCCCUGGCGGAGUCCCUGUAGGUGCCAAAUAGGCAGGCCUGGCUCGCCAUUCAUCAGGACACGCGUGCUCGCCGAAGAGAGGAGGAUAGCGAUCCACUCCAAGAAUCUGUUUCCGAAUCCAUGUUGGCGUAGUACCUCAAAAAGGAAGGGCCAGGCCAGGGAAUCAAAGGCGCGUGUGAGGUCCAGUUUGAGCAGCACUCGCGGGGCACCCAGCUGGUGUAGUAGUCGAGCUGAUUGUUUGACUAGGAUGAAGUUGUCAUGCAAACUUCUGCCGGUGAUGAAUGCGUUUUGGCACGGGCUGACAAGGCGGUCCAGCUUAGGGGCGAGGCGCAAAGAAAGGACUUUGGCGAAGAUCUUGGCCACCAGGUGUAUGAGGCUGAUGGGCCGGUAGUCGUUGAGCGAGCUGGCGUCCGCGCGCUUCGGGAGCAGGAUGAUGAGUGCCUGGUUGAGGCUGCAGAAGCCACGGCCUCUCAUGUUGUAGAGCUUCUGGAAGACGUCAACAAAAUCUUGUCGAACCGUGCUCCAACAAGCUCGCAGGAAUUCUGCGGUGAAGCCGUCGGGUCCUGGUGCUUUGUGCGCGGGUAGGCGUUUGAUAGCCUCCCAGAUUUCCUCAGCGCAGAAGGGAGCGUCGAGGUCGUCAAGCUCACUGGGAGUGAUAAGCGUAGACAGGUCCAGCGAGCAAUCUCUGUUGGUGGCUGUGCCCAGGAGCGCGUCAUAGUGUUUGAAUGCUGCCUUUGCCAUGCUCCCCUGCUCGGAUAUGACCUGGCCGUCCAUGGUGAGGCUAGAGAUCCUGUUCUUCUGCCGGCGAAACGAGCAUUGCCGGUGGAAGAAAUUGGUGUUGGCGUCGCCGUCCUUUAAAUUGGCAACGCAAGCGCGUUGGCGGGCGAAGGUACGUUCCAUGGAUGCCAGCCCAAGAUAGGAGAUCUUUAGCUGUUUGCGGAGCCAAUCUUCAUGUGGUGUCAACAUUCGGUCUUCCUGGGCCUUGUCGAAGCGCGAGAUGAGCUCACGCGAGAUGGCCAUCCUAUCUCUGAUGUUCCCAAUGGAUCGGGAGCUCCAGCUCGUUAGCUUGCGGGCUGUGGCUUGCAUGCGGAUCAUCAAGCGACGGAAGGGGUCAGCGUCGUGGACAGAACUCCAGGCCUCAGUCACCGCCUCAUGAAAGCCAUCCAUGCGCAGCCAUAUGUCCUCAAAGUGGAAUCGGCGAUGCGUAGCCGGCACUGGGGUACAAUCUAACAGCAACGGGCUGUGGUCUGAGACCACCGAGGCCAGGCAUGUAAGGUUGCAAGCGUCGUGGGCGUCCUCCCAGUCAGGGGUGCAGAACACUCGAUCAAGAUGCACCAGGGUAGGCGGGGACUGCUCGUUCGACCAGGUGUACCGGCGGCCGUUGAGGUAAACCUCCUUCAACGUUAGGUCGUUAAGGACUCUACGGAAUCUCCCCGUCAUGCGCCUAUUCAGAUUGCCGUUGCUCUUGUCCUCGUCGCGGUAGAUUAGGUUGAAAUCCCCGCAAAGCAUCCAUGGUCCAUGGCAGGCACUGUGGAUGUCGCGCAGCUCCUGGAGGAACGCGAUUUUAGUGGCGGCGUCCUACGGCCCGUAGACCACCGUCAACCACCACGGGGUGGCCGAACCCAUGGCAACUUUGGCUGUAAGCGUGUUCACAGAGAACUCCGGGUCCGUGAUAUUCAUGGCCUUACUUUUCCAGGCUAGAAGGAUGCCGCCUCGGGUGCCGUUCGCGGGGAGGUAGACAUAGCCAUCAAACUCAGAGCCUAGUGUGUCAAGAAUCACCGACGAGCAAAUAAGGGCCAUCUUUGUUUCCUGAAGGCAAACAAUGGCUGCACCGGUGGUGUCAAUCAGCGAUCUAAUGGCGAACCGCCUAGCGCGAGUGUUCAAGCCACGAACGUUCCAAACCACAAUCUUUGGGCCGUGAUCCAUAACAGGAAUGGUCGACGGGAAAGAAAGAGGUGCGGCUAGCGCUAAGACUCGCAAGCCGCAGCGCUGCCCGUGGAGAUCACCGGGGAGGGAAGCUCAGCAGGGAGCUCGCGACCGACAAGCGCGGCGAUGGCUGACAGGACGGAGAACGGGAAAGGCGCGGCGAAGAUGCCAUCAUGCGUCUUCAUCUCUGCGGCUGUGAUUUUCUGAUCAAUGCCAAUGAUCCCGAGAGUCCGCAGUAUCUGGACGUGCGCCCUCCGUUUGGCCGUGGGUGGCGCCGCCAUAGGCGAGGAUGCAGCACGAGCCGAGCGGCCGCGGCGUGGGGUGAAGUUGAGAGGGCGACGUGGCUUUUUCCCUGGCACGGGCAUCACGGCUCCAAUCUGCUUUGUGGCGGCCGUCAGAAAGUCACCGAGCGUCCAAGAUCGGCCAGAGUUGGCGCGGUUUGUGGAGCGGCGCAGGGUGACCGGCGGAGAGGCGAAUCGACCUGGAGUGGAACGCGGCAGUGCAUGGUCAGCCGGCACCGUUCCUCGGUCGCCCAAAUUGGGCCCAGCCAGUGGCGAUGCGAGUCUCGGCGGCGACUCAUCCUGGCCCGUGGCGGCCGCUGGCGAUGUGGGCCUUUGGAGGAUCCAGAGAGGCUGGUCGUCCAGUGGCGCUGACCCAAUUAUUAAUUCAGGCCCAUUAUGGUUGCAUGGAGGCAUGUUGUUGGCGGGGGUGGGGGGGCGCGGUGGUUGGGUCGAGGGGCGCGCGCCCGUGUCGUCCGACCGGUCAGCGGAAGACUCCAAGACGCCGCUAGUUGCUGACACUUGCAAAGCUCCACUUUGCCCCGACAGGAGGGCGUCAUUGGCUGGGGCGGGUGGCCCAGGCGGCUGGGAGUCUGGUACCUCGCUGGUCGAGUCGUCAGUGGCCGAGGAGGGGGGCCCUGGCGGCUGGGAGUCUGGCACCUCGCUGGCAGAGGCGACAGGGAACAGAUCCCUACGUGGGCUCUGGUUGGGCGAGCCAGAGCCUGACUCCACCAAGGCAGCCCCACGCACGACAGGCGGCGCGGUGUGGGAGGGCUCUGGGGUGUUCUCCGCCAAUGGGGCACCAUCAGCGCAUGCAUUGGGGCGAGCAACGGAUCCCUCCGGGCCCGCGACAGGCCCCUCUGGCAAAAGCGGCCUUCGUGUCUUCCCCGCUUUUCCUUUUCUGGCGCGAUGACGACGGCGUCGCGGCCCAUGCAUGCCCGGCCGGGGCCGUAUCUCUCUCUCUGCCCGGCGUACGGACGGUGGCGUUGUAGCUCUCUGGGAUCCCCAAGUGGAGGCCAUGGCCACUCCAUCCGACCGGAGCGAGCCGCGGUCGCCAUGCCAGCCUAAGGAGUCCAUCGCCAUGCCAUCUGCGCGUCUCGCGGGCUGCGCAUCGUAGCGGCGGCGCUUGCGGCCGCGGCGUCAAUGGCGACCAUGGUCUGGCCUGGCUCGGUGUCGGGUCCUCGUCCUGCCCCAGCGCUGCCAUCCCCGUCGCGCCCAGCGGCUCGAGCGUAGGCGCGGUCGAUCUCUGAACGGACCAGGGCGAU